UCUAAACGCGAGUGAUAAUAUCAUUAAUAAUUACCAUGUCCAAGCUAUUAAAUCUGGAAAAUUUGUGCAGUUAUGCUGAUAAUGCGUUCGGUGAAAAUAAUUGGUCAUAUACAAUUACCAAUCAAGUAAUCGAUUACGUUGACGAAACAGAGACUACUAUUGCAAUAUCCUGUACAACCAGUACAAAAUUUUAUGUUACUAAUAACUUAUGUCGAGAGUCAAUCGGAACGUCGACUAUAGUUUCAGAUGACAAAUUAAAUGCAUUUCGACAAGUGAGGCAGACAUCAUUUCGUGAAUCGCUUCAAAAUACAUUGAUGUUUUUUAAAAAAAUUAGAUCUGAAAUAGAAAAAAGAGAGCAGAGAUUACAAAAGCAAAAAGAGAUGCAGGAACUUUGGAGAGCGAAAAACUUGGAGAUAAGCCGAAAAGAUCUGGAGGACAUGGAAUCCGAUAUUAUUUAAUUUUAAAUUAAUUGUAUUAAGUUAUCAAAUUAAAACAUUACCUUAGUUACUAUACUUCGUAAUAAAUAAUUACCUUAAUACUUUACUUUAGUAACCACAAUAACAAUAAAUUAAUAAAUAGAAAAACAUCAGAAUUUUAAAAUAUAAAUAAUCAAAUAAUCGUAUCGAUAA